AUGUUCUCUGGAAAGUUCAGUGUGUUUGAAAAGCUGCUCAUAGCAUUGAUUGUUGUGGUCAACGUUGUCCACAGUUGUCCAGAAACAAGACAAUGCUACCCAGACGAAAUCGCUACCAUGCCUUGCCAAGGCACUCCUACAUUCGAGUGGACUAUGGAACCAAGUGAAAUUGACUGCAGUGUGUUCAUCUCAUGCUUUAAUGGCAUCGGUAUUCUAAUGUGUUGUCAGGAAGGAUUAUACUACAACCCUGACACGCAACGUUGUGAACCUGAAGCAAACGUGGAUUGUCAAAUCGAGCCACAACCUUGUGAAACAACAACGGAAAAUCCAGAUAUAACAACGACAACGACCCCGGAAGAAUCAACAACAACGAAUGAACCAGAUAUUACCACGAGCACAGAAGAAGCACCGACAACGAACGAUCCAGAUAUUACAACGAGCACAGAAGAAGCACCGACAACGAACGAUCCAGAUAGUACAACGACAACUGAGACAGAUACUACGGAAGAUGAAACUACCACGGCAGCCGUAGAAACUACCACUGUUGAAGAAGGGGUGGAUUUGGCAGCACUUUGUGCAGCGCAACCGUCAGAUGAGUUAGUCGAGUUGGCAUACCCAGGCGACUGUACCAUGUCCGUUGUUUGUGAAAAUAGGGAACUUAUAGCUACAGACAUGUGUCCAGCCGGGUUACACUUCAAUCCUAGCCUUUUCGUCUGCGAUACACCCGAUCAUGCGGAAUGUUUAGACUUUGUUUGUCAGAACAAUCCUGAUGGAAAUCAAGCAACAUUAGCAAGCUUAAACUCAUGCCAAAGAUACUACAUAUGCAUUGGCAAUGUAACCGUCGAGCGCUUCUGUGCACCGGGUACGAUAUUUGAAGCUGCAAACGAAUGGUGCAUAGUUGACGAUGUGGAAAAUCCGUGUGAACCCGACCGACUUCCUCCUCCACCAGAAGCAGUCAUAGAGCAGUGCACAGAAGAAAAUGAACUAAACAAAAUAGCUCACCCUACGCUGUGUGAUGUGUACUACCGUUGCCUUAAUGGACGGCUUUGGAUACGACAGUGUCCGACAGGACUUUUCUUUGACCCUGAGCGAAGUCAGUGCAAUCUGCCGGAUUUUGUGUCCUGUGAAAUUACCCGAUAA